AUGCAACAGAUUGAUGCAUUUUCUAGUCGAUACGGGGGCAGGCACGCGUUCUAUCCUUAUUUAGUUGCGUCCUCUAUCAGGGUUAGGGCCGAUAAUGGCGCCUCGAUGCGCAGCGACGAGUGUAUAGAUGUGCCUCUUGCGAUAGCAGGAAGCGAGUAUCACCACACCCUGUAUCUGUGCACAGAUAUGUCAUACGACGGAAUAUUGGGGUCCGACUUUUUAGAUCGUUAUGCGGGGGAAUACGGUCGACCAUGGGGUUGCUUGCGCCUAGGUUCGCAUGAAAUGCCCGUUGCGUACGAACAGAUUAAUGGCGUUGUUGCGGCAGUUACGCCGCCGGUACACCCCAUUGCGUAA